AUGGCUUCCCCUGCCUCGCGGAGCAUGCACGUGCGAGUUAAAAAGCCAACCUUUUUCCCAGCUGCCGCCCUCAUUGUGCUGUGCUUGUGCUGUACGCAGUCCCGGACCUCGGUGCAGUUGCUGAGAAUGCGUGUCCUCGAACCGCUCCAAGCGGCCCUCGUGUCUCUGAGCGCCAUCCGCGUGGCUGCCCAGAACAACGGCUCGUACACGCUCCGGGAGGUGGGCGCCAGGAACACGAUUGACUGGCGAGUGUGGCUCGAGAGGGACGGAAGCCCGAUUUCCCCAUGGCACGACGUGCCCCUGUACCCGGAUAACAAGCCGGGCCCCGUCGUCAACUUUGUGGUCGAGAUUCCCCGGUGGACCGACGGCAAGGUCGAGACACGGCGCGACGAGCCUCUGAACCCCUUCUUCCACGACAGCCGCAAGAACGAGCCCCGGUUCGUGGAGAGUAUCUGGCCGCACAAGUCGUACCCCUUCGCGUACGGGUCGAUCCCGCAGACGUGGGAGAACAAGAAUGUCAGGGACAACUACACCGGCUUCGUCGGCGACAAUGACCCCGUGGAUCUGCUGGACAUCAGCUCCAUUUCGCCAGGAUACACGGGUCAAGUCAAGCAGGUCAAGGUCCUCGGGGGCCUUGCCAUGAUCGACGACAACACGACGGACUGGAAGGUCAUCGGCGUCGGCGUCGAGGAUCCCCUCGCCGACCGCGUCAACUCCAUCAAGGAUGUCGAAACGUACCGGCCCGGCCUCAUCAAGGCCUUACUUUACUGGAUCACUGCAAGUCAAGCCCUCUCCCCCCCUUCGCCCGCCCUCGGCCCUCGCCCUCGGCUCUCCGCCCAAGCUCGGCGUCGCGUACGCUCUCAGCUAACACCGGCCGGCCAGUAUUACAAAGUCGUCGGCGGCAAGGGCCCGAACACCAUCGCCGGCAACGACUACGUCGAGGCUCGCAUCAUGAUCGCCAAAAUCGCCGAGAGCCACGGGCACUGGGGCGAUCUGCUGCUCGGAAAGGAGGAGCGUGGCGAGAUCAGUAUCUGGCAGACGACGGAUCCUCGUGCUUGCGGGACCUACGUCAAGCCCGGGGAUGCGACGAGGAGGUUUGGGAUUCCUAGAAAGUCCAAGAUUCUGCCGCCGGCGCCCAGACCCGCGCAGUAUGAUCGCUGGUACUAUCUCAAUGAGAGUCUUUCCCUGAUCACCGUGCCGGGGGACGUGGUGGGAGUUUGA